UAGCGCUGGUCUUCCCACUUCAUCCUAAGUUUUAGUUCAGACAACAACUCUUGGAUCCUACAUAUGAAAAGAAAAUGGAGCUCAAAAAAGUUCUAAACGUUGUUGUAUUUAGUUGGGUUUGCAGUCUGGCAUUAGGCAGGUCAUUCGACUUCGACCCUUGUGCCCCUGUGUGUGAGGAAGGAACCUACAACGUUCCCCACCCGAAGGACUGCACGCUCUACUACGUCUGCGCCAACAAACAAGCAAUUUUGCAUCAAUGCAGAGACGGAUUGUACUUCAGUCCAAAGUUUGAUACCUGCAACCAGCCCAUUGACGCAGGCUGUACCGCCAACCCCAACUAUGUAUGUACCGGAGUAGCCUCGACCACCAACUUUCCAACUACCACUUGGGGAUCAACCACCCAAUUUGUGAGUGAAACCUCUGGUGGGUUCACGUCUCCUAGUGUUGAACUGACGACGACACAAGACGUUGAAACUACUUCAGAAGAGCAAGAAACCACGCUAUAUUCAACCACCAGUCCUCCGGAAACUACCACUGAGGAAGGUCCAACAACAUGGGUUGAGGUAUCAACAAUAUCAACAACUGAAGUUGAGACAUCAACCACUGAUGUAACAACAACUGAAGAUGAGGAUACUACGACCGAAGGAGAGACAACCGUUACCGUUGGGCAAGAAACUACCAGCGAUGAGCCUACAACCACUUCAGGCGAAACAUCAAGACCUCCUACAACUGAAAUUGAAACAACCGCUGAAGCAUGGAGCACUGCUGGCCCGACAACCACUUCUGCUGGUACCACGGACAAGACAAGUAACCAACCGCAGACGACGACGACUACUAAACCAGAGGUGUGCAUUCCACCAUGCCCAUACCCCAACGCAAUUUACGCUGACCCAAAAAGUUGCAUCCACUAUUUCCAGUGUUCGAAUAACGUGCCAAUCAAAAGGACUUGCUCAGAGGGUCUUGAAUUCAACCCUAAAUUGCAUGUAUGCGAUUUUCCUUCAAAUUUCGUGUGUACUUCUGGCCCCGACGCUCCUUGCGUUGCAGGACCUUCUCCAUGAAGCGUUCGUAGGUCAAGAGAGAAGCAAUUCUCUAAUAUAUAUUGUAUGUGAUCCAUGUGAGAAACAUUAUACCACUAAAACG